GCCCUAAACCCCCCAAAAACCCGCCCUUUGCCCUAUUUUAAAACAGAGCAGGAUUGAUCCAGGUUCUGUAGUAGACAGUGAUUACUUUCCUGUAAAAAGUUUAAGUUGUUCUGAAAAUGUCUUUUCAGAGAUUACUAUCUAGGUCAGAUACUCUUCUCAGAGGCAGACUAAUAUCAUUAAAACCACAGGGACAUGUUUAUCGUCAUGGUAAGGAAUUCAACUGCUCUCAUUUAUCAACUUCCCAGUCAUGGAGUGCGUGUUUUUAUUCGGACCCCACAGAGGCCGUCAGAGACAUUCCUAAUGGCUCCAUGCUUCUUGUCGGAGGCUUUGGUUUGUGUGGGAUCCCGGAGAAUUUAAUCAGCGGCCUGUUGAAAACAGGAGUAAAAGACAUCACAGCCGUGAGCAACAAUGCUGGGGUUGAUAACUUUGGCCUGGGCAUGCUUCUGAAAACCAAACAGAUAAAACGCAUGAUAUCUUCAUACGUUGGGGAAAACGCUGAGUUUGAGAGACAAUAUCUAUCAGGCGAGCUGGAAUUAGAGCUUACUCCUCAGGGCACACUAGCAGAGAGGAUACGGGCUGGCGGUGCAGGCAUCCCAGCAUUUUUUACUCCCACCGGGUAUGGCACUCUCAUCCAGGAGGGUGGAUCACCCAUAAAAUACAACAAAGUUGGCAGCAUUGCUAUUGCAAGUGAAAGCAGAGAGGUUCGAGAGUUUAAUGGCAGACAUUAUGUCAUGGAAAAAGCCAUCAGGGGCGACUUUGCUUUGAUAAAGGCCUGGAAAUGUGACAAAGCAGGAAAUCUUAUUUUCAGGAAAACAACUCGUAAUUUCAACCAGCCUAUGUGUAAAGCAGCCAAGGUUACAAUAGUGGAGGUUGAGGAGAUUGUUGAUAUUGGAAGUUUUGGUCCUGAAGACAUUCACAUCCCUUCCAUAUAUGUAGACCGGGUAGUGCAAGGAGCCAGCUAUGAAAAACGAAUUGAGAAAAGGCUGGUUCAGUCUAGCACGGAAGAGAAACCUAAAGUCAAACAGGACUCAGAUAUUACCCGGGAGAGAAUCAUCCGACGAGCCGCACUGGAGUUUGAGGAUGGGAUGUAUGCAAAUCUUGGCAUUGGAAUCCCUAUGCUGGCCAGCAAUUACAUUAGCCCUAAAAUCACUGUCCACUUGCAGAGUGAGAAUGGAAUUUUGGGAUUGGGUCCCUAUCCAACAGAGAAUGAAGUGGAUCCUGAUUUAAUCAAUGCUGGUAAGGAGACGGUAACAGUUUAUCCAGGAGCUGCCUAUUUCUCCAGCGAUGAAUCCUUUGCCAUGAUCAGAGGAGGUCAUAUUGACCUGACCAUGCUGGGAGCAAUGCAAGUUUCUAAGUAUGGAGAUCUGGCCAACUGGAUGAUUCCAGGUAAAAUGGUGAAGGGCAUGGGUGGCGCAAUGGACCUGGUGUCUAGUGAUGCCACAAAAGUAGUUAUCACUAUGGAACAUUCUGCCAAGGGUGGGAAACAUAAAAUCUUAGAGAAGUGCACACUUCCUCUGACUGGAAAACAGUGUGUUGACCGUAUAAUCACUGAAAAGGCGGUGUUUGAUGUCGAUAAGAGCAAGGGUUUAACUCUCAUUGAGAUUUGGGAAGGACUGACACCAGAUGACAUCAAAGCAUGCACUGGGACAGAGUUUGAGGUGUCAAAAGACUUACGACCGAUGCAGCAGAUAUGAGAUAAUACUGAGGAUUUAUAUUGGCGGCCUUCUGCCAGUAUACAGGACCAGAGCAAGAGAGAGGACUCGACUGCCUUCAUUUGAACAAUUCUUUGCUUUUUUGGAUGUGGCAUAAAUACAGAAUUCAUUGUUAAAUAGAUGCAUGACUCUUCUCACCAUGUUAAUUACAACUUGCUUGAAACAUAUACAAUACUAGAACAUAGUAACUCUCCAAGAGUGAAAAACCUCACAGGUAAGGUUUAAGACACCGUCAGACUAUAUUGUCUCUGAAUACAUAAUUUUAACACAAGUGAUGAAGAGCAAUGGAAUCUGAAUAGAUUUAAUAUUAAAUAUUUUAGUAAUAAUAUUGUUAAACAUUAUGAUGUACUGAAACUUAUUUUAAUCAAAUAUUUUAAUGGUUGUUUUUUUUGCAAUGAUUUUUGCAAGCUAAUCAGCACAGAAUAAUGUAAUGCAGCUGCGCUACUUAAACUUGAUACUGAUUCAUUCGUUCUUGCCACAGUUUAAAAUAAAUGUUGGCGUAAUGUUUGUUUUUAA